AUGUCUCCAGAGAAGCCAGCACUAUCACCCCCAACCGACCUCGAAGCAUGCAGCGUGGACAACCAGCCCCAGGAGGAGGAGCCUUCCCAACCCCAAGCCAAUCCCGCCACUUCGACCUUCCAGCAGCUCGCCAUCCUGGACCGCUUCCUGGCUUUAUGGAUCUUCCUGGCCAUGGGAGUGGGCAUCCUGUUGGGGAACUUUGUGCCCAACACCAGCCGGGCGCUGGCGAAGGGCAAGUUCGUCGGGGUUUCGGUGCCGAUCGCAAUCGGCCUGUUGGUGAUGAUGUACCCCAUCCUCUGCAAGGUCCGAUUCGAGACCCUUCAUCGCUCGUUCCGGCAAAGACAGCUGUGGGUUCAGAUUGGGUUUAGUCUCAUGGUCAAUUGGAUUAUUGCGCCCUUGUUUAUGCUGGCGCUGGCUUGGGCAUUCCUACCCGAUCAAAGAGGUUUGCGGGAGGGACUCAUCCUCGUGGGCAUUGCGCGUUGUAUUGCCAUGGUGCUUGUCUGGACGGGUCUCGCAGGAGGCGAUAGCGAAUACUGCGCCAUCCUGGUGGCGAUCAACUCCGUUCUGCAGAUGGUGCUCUUCGCCCCGGUUGCCAUCCUCUUUCUGCGUGUCAUGGACGGGCCGGCCCCGCAUGCUCUGACGAUUGACUAUUCUCUGGCCGCGAAGAGUGUCGGAGUGUUCCUGGGAAUCCCCCUGGGCGCCGCGGUCGUCACCCGCUUUGCGCUGCGGUCCUGGAAACCAAAUUGGUAUGACGAGCAGUUCUUGAAGUGGAUCAGCCCGUGGUCGCUGAUCGGGCUGCUCUUCACGAUCCUCGUGCUUUUCGCCUCCCAGGGGCGGCAGGUGGUACAUCAGAUCGUGUCCGUGGUCCGAGUGGCAGCGCCCCUGGUAGUCUACUUCUCGGUGAUCUUUGUGGUCACACUCGUGGUGACGCGGCGAUGUGGCUUUGGGUACCGCCUGUCUUGCACCCAGAGCUUCACGGCGGCGAGCAACAACUUUGAGUUGGCGAUCGCGGUGGCUAUUGCCACGUUCGGGGUGGACAGCGACCAGGCGCUGGCGGCAACCGUGGGACCCUUGAUAGAAGUACCGGUGCUGUUGGGGUUAGUGUAUGCAGUUCGGUGGUAUGCCCGAAAGCGGCGAUGGGAGGCGUAG